GACGCAUCUACGAUGCGGUGUGUGCAUCCGGGGUGGUAUAACCUCGCAGCGGGCAGAUAACCGCUAUCUACGGAUGAACUGUCAAUUCCGUGUGUGCGGAGGGGCGUGUUUUGCGUGCGUCGCGUGAGGCCGGGGAGAUUCGUGUCGACUGACCAGAGUCCGCGAAUUUCCUGAGCGAGGUGCGCGAUCUCCCGGACGCCGGCGAUCCGUCUGACACCGUCAGCUUUCACUCGGCGACCGCGCCCGUCGUGCGUUCCCCCGCACGAGCCCGCCCGCCGCUGAUUCAUCGCCGCGCACGGACGAUCGCUGACGAUCCUCGCCGCUCCUCGGACGCUCGUUGCCGCGCGACUCCUUCCGCCGGUUCCAAGGUCCUCCUCGUAACCGGCGAGCGACGAGAUGACGGAGGUGCACAACUUCGGGGUCGAUGCUAUCAGCUGUCACGCCUGGAACAGAGACAAGACAGAGGUUGCCAUAUGUGCGAACAACAAUGAGAUCCAGGUACAUCAGCGUACCUCGUCUUCCUGGAAGCUGCUGGAGACACUGGAGGAGCACCACAUGGCGGUCAUGGGGAUCGACUGGGCCCCGAAGACCAAUCGCAUCGUCACCUGCUCCGCGGACAAGAACGCCUAUGUGUGGACGCAGAAGGAGGAUGGCAAGUGGGAUCCGGCAUGGGUGCUCCUGCGAAUAAAUCGUGCCGCCACGUGCGUGAAGUGGUCGCCCCUAGAGAACAAAUUCGCCGUGGGCUCCGGGGGACGGAUCAUCGCCGUUUGCUACUUCGUGUCAGAGAACAACUGGUGGCUGUGCAAACACAUAAAGCGCCCGCUGAGGUCCACCGUGACCACCGUCGACUGGCAUCCGGACAACAAAGUCCUGGUGGCCGGAUCCACCGACUACAAGGUCCGCGUCUUCAGUGCAUUUAUCAGUGAUAUGGAGGACGCCCCUGGCACCAGCUCCUGGGGGCAGAGCAAUGCCUUAGGAACGCUACUGGCUGAGUUUCCUAACACACCGCAUGGAGGUGGCUGGAUACACUCGGUGGUAUUUAGCCCGUGCGGCAAUAAAAUCUGCUGGGUGUCGCACAACUCGUCCAUAUGCGUCGCCGACGCCACGAAGGGCAACGCGGUCGUGAGGCUGUACACGGAGCACUUGCCGUUUUUAAGUUGCAUUUGGAUAGGAUCUAGUAACAUUGUUGCCGCGGGGCACAGCUGUAUGCCGAUGUUGUACUCCGUCGACGACAACGGGCAGAUCUACUUCGUGUCGAAGCUGGACAACACGCAGAAGAAGGAGAUCGCCGGCUUGUCCGCCAUGCGGAAGUUCCAGUCGCUCGAUCGGCAAGCGAGGAACGAGACGAACGACAACGCCCUCGACAGCGUGCACCAGAACACGAUCAACUGCAUCCGCCGGGUGUCCGAUCACGAGUUCAGCACGAGCAGCUUAGACGGGCAACUCGUAAUCUGGGACUUGAAGCUUUUAGAGAAUUCCAUCGCUGGUCUCAAGAUAACGUAAGCGCGAGGUGAUUUUUUUUAUAUUUGCCAAGAUCAGAGAUAUUACAUCCAAUACAACGAUGUAUAAAUGUUAAAAUAAAUGCUAUUCGAUUUCUCAUUAAU